UGGUCCCGGCAAUGGUUGCGAGCGCUCGGGAAGGAGAACGAGAGUGCCACAUCAUGGUCCUCACGGACGACGAUAACGUAGACUGGGAUCACGACAACCCUCCUCCGAUGGGAGAGGAAAACUCGCAGCGAUACCCCACCUGUAAGGAGAAGGUGAAGCGGCGUCCAGGUGGCAAGUCCCAGGUCAUCUACAGCUACGUCCAGCGUCCCUUCAUCCAGCUGUCCUGGGAGAAAGAGGAAGGGAAGAGCAGACACGUGGACUUCCAGUGUGUCCGCAGCAGGAGUGUCCCGAACCUCAUCACCGCCAUGGGGGAGGGGCCUACGCGGGCCGGGGCCACGCCCACCCCGCAGGUCGACGAGUUAGAUCGGCUGAAUGGCCCCGCCCCUCCCAGUCUCGACCAAUGACUGAUGGAUUAAACUGUUGGAUUUGGAACACUGGACAAUCAUUCAACUCAUUCAUAAUCAUGAGGAUAUAAUUAUUCGCUCAUUAAUAUUCAGCCACUCAUUUCAUAUUCAUAUACACAUUUGACUCAUUUAAUCCGGGCCGCUGGUUCAGUCUCAUGGAUAGAUGACCUUUGAACUUAAAAGUACUUGAGAUCUUUUCACCGUUGUGUCCUUGAGCAAGAUUUUGCCAUUACUGCACUGCACCUAGCUUUGGAUAAACAAUAUUUGCUUAAUCAAUAACUUAAUUAAUCACUUGUUAAGGGCUUUAGAUGAUUAAAGAUAUCAUGCAUUACUUUAGAACUAAUUUUAGUGAGGAUUUUCUGUCUGUUGGCGCCAUCUAGUGUC